AUUGAAACAAGGUGCAAAAAUAGGAGAGGGGCGAAGACCAGCAUGCGGUGUGCGUGGCCCCAAAUUACAGCGCGCCAACCGCUUUUCUCUCUAUUUAUACAUUCCCUCACCUUUCGCUUCUCCACUCAUAACAUAACAUCACCAUAUACUCUUACCCUCUUUUAUUUUCUCAUUUUUUCUAAUUGCCGGUUUUCCUACCGGAAAAUCAAGAAAUGGACGUUCGCCGGCGAACUGUUAAGCCUUUAUACACACCCAAAGAUGCUUCCGCCGGCGAACCUCUCAAACUACACAAACAGCAACAGGUUUCUUCUCCUAAAGCAUCUGAUGCCCUUCCACUUCCGUUGUACCUGACCAAUGGGUUGUUUUUCACCAUGUUUUUCUCUGUGAUGUAUUUUCUUCUCGUCAGGUGGCGUGAGAAGAUCCGUAAUUCCAUUCCUCUGCAUGUCGUUACCCUCUCUGAAUUGGUGGCUAUGAUUUCUUUGAUCGCUUCGGUUAUUUAUCUGUUGGGUUUUUUUGGGAUUGGGUUUGUUCAGUCGUUUGUGUCGAGGUCGAAUAGCGAUUCAUGGGAUAUCGAGGAUGAGAAUGCUGAGCAGCUUAUUAUUGAGGAAGAUAGCCGACGUGGAGGACCAUGUGCUGCUGCAACUACUCUUGGUUGCGCUGUACCUCCACCACCUGUUCGAAUAAUUGUCCCAAUGGUUCCUCAGCAACCAGCUAAGGUGGCUUUGUCUCUAACGGAGAAGCCUGCGCCGAUAAUUACACCAGCAGUAUCGGAGGAUGAUGAGGAGAUUAUACAAUCUGUUGUUCAGGGUAAAACGCCAUCGUACUCGUUGGAAUCAAAGCUUGGUGAUUGUAAAAGAGCUGCUUCGAUACGUAAGGAGGCGCUGCAGAGGAUUACUGGGAAGUCAUUGGAAGGGCUACCAUUGGAGGGGUUUGACUAUGAUUCUAUUCUUGGACAGUGCUGUGAGAUGCCUGUAGGAUACGUGCAAAUACCGGUGGGAAUCGCAGGGCCAUUGCUGCUUGAUGGGAGAGAAUACUCAGUGCCAAUGGCAACUACUGAAGGAUGUUUAGUGGCGAGUACCAACAGAGGUUGCAAGGCUAUAUUUGCCUCUGGUGGUGCCAACAGUGUUCUGCUCAGAGAUGGGAUGACCAGAGCUCCCGUGGUCAGGUUCACCACCGCGAAAAGAGCCGCUGAGUUGAAGUUCUUCGUUGAGGAUCCGCUCAACUUUGAGACUCUUUCUGUUAUGUUCAACAAAUCAAGCAGAUUUGCCAGAUUACAGAGCAUUCAAUGUGCUAUAGCUGGUAAAAAUCUGUAUAUGAGAUUUAGCUGUAGCACUGGUGAUGCAAUGGGAAUGAACAUGGUAUCCAAAGGUGUGCAGAACGUCCUGGAUUACCUUCAGAAUGAAUAUCCCGACAUGGACGUCAUUGGCAUUUCUGGGAACUUUUGCUCGGACAAGAAGCCAGCUGCAGUUAACUGGAUUGAGGGGAGAGGAAAAUCAGUAGUUUGCGAGGCAAUAAUCAAGGAGGAGGUGGUGAAGAAAGUGUUGAAAACAGAGGUUGCUUCUCUAGUGGAGCUGAACAUGCUUAAAAACCUUACUGGUUCAGCCAUGGCUGGUGCUCUUGGUGGCUUCAAUGCUCAUGCCAGCAACAUUGUCUCUGCUGUAUAUUUGGCCACUGGCCAAGACCCUGCUCAGAAUGUUGAGAGCUCUCACUGCAUCACUAUGAUGGAGGCUGUAAAUGAUGGCAAGGACCUCCAUGUUUCUGUAACAAUGCCUUCUAUUGAGGUUGGUACAGUUGGUGGUGGAACUCAACUUGCAUCACAGUCAGCUUGCUUGAGCUUACUAGGAGUUAAAGGUGCAAACAGGGAUGCACCAGGGUCAAAUGCAAGGCUCUUGGCCACAAUAGUAGCUGGUUCUGUUCUUGCUGGUGAACUAUCUCUAAUGUCGGCUAUCUCAGCUGGCCAGCUCGUUAAGAGUCACAUGAAAUAUAAUAGAUCUAGCAAAGAUAUUACCCAAGUAACCUCCUCCUCCUCCUCCUCUUAGUGAGGAUUAAUUAUCAUCCCCACUUCAUCCUGUACAUCACCACCCCCACCACCAACUUAGCUCCUCAUUAAAGACUUGUACUCCAAUAAAAGUAGGAAUAAAUUUUUCCAUUUAGGGACAACAGCUGCAGAAGUAAUUUGAACCCAAAAAACAGAAAGAAAAAAAAAAAAAAAGUUGGACAAGUGUCAAUACAGGAA